UAUUUGUGGACUCUAAGAUGAGGGGACUCUCAUGGCACUUUCUUAAAGGACGUCUCUUGACAAGACAUCUGUUUCUGGAUCGUGCAGAACAUGCCUUGAAGGGCGUGUUUAUAGGGUUUUCAACAACAUGCGUACACAGCGUCUAUUCAUGGGGUAGCUCGUCAUGGGACGGCUUCUUAGCGGGCUUCUUAGCGGGCUCUUUAGCGGGCUCUUCACCGGGCAUCUCUACGUAGUCAGCUCUCAAAGUAAUCACUGAUGGGGGCAUCUGUUCACACGACACCCUUGUGGGGCCAGCAUGGCAUUCUACCACAGCAGCUGUCAUGGCACGGCCCGACAGAUAAAAAUAGAACUAGCCACGCGUGGCUACGUCAUGUCCGAGCCGCGCCGCGCUGUCGGAUUUGCCGACGCACACCAGCCAAUGUAGGGCGCCAGGAGUUGAUAUCAGGGCCGCACGACGACGUCACGGCCGCGGGGUUUGCUAACCCGCGGCCGGAGGACAAGCAAGCGAACGUCAUCCCGAAUCCUUGCCUCCAUCCACAGGGACACGUUUGGCCUUGCUCGUUUUGGCAUGGCACGGGCUGCCGGUGGAGCCGUCUUGUGAGGACGGAAGGGGCCUUUUCGGGUGAGCUUCCGAGACGCCCGCCGCAGAUGCACUGGCAAGGCCGACGAGCGUUUUGCCACAGAUGCAGCGUGUGGGGGUUCCAGGAAUAUUCUUCGGGUGCAAAAUCUCAGGCCCCGCAUCAGGGUGGUUUAUCUGGGUUGUCCAACUGAGGCAUGGUCUGUGAGUGCAAAACCUCAGAUAUAUUCUCUGGUGCAUCUCAGGUAUAGUCUCGGGGUGGUUUAUCUGGGCUGGCCAUCUCAGAUCCAUCCUGACUGUUCCACCUCAGAUACAGUGUGACUGCUCCAUCUCCGAUAUUCCG